GACAUCUGCAUCAGUGCCAUGAAAGAGAGGGACAUUGAACAGAAGCUCAAACAAGUGAUUGCUGAAUGGGACAAUAAAACAUUUACUUUUGCUAAUUUUAAAACCCGCGGAGAACUUCUCUUGAGGGGAGACAGCACUUCUGAAAUUAUUGCAAGUAUGGAGGACAGCUUGAUGAUUCUGGGCUCCCUAAUGAGCAAUAGAUAUAACUCACCAUUCAAGGCUCAGAUACAAAAAUGGGUGCAAUCUCUUUCGAACACAACUGAUAUUAUUGAGAACUGGAUGAUGGUGCAGAAUUUAUGGAUAUAUUUAGAAGCUGUGUUUGUUGGUGGAGAUAUUGCCAAACAGCUUCCUAAGGUAUAUGACCGGAUCCUUUCCAUUUCGUCUCGGGAAGGUGAGACAAUUGAAUUAGAAAAACCUGUUAUGGCAGAUGGCAAUGUGGAAGUUUGGCUCAAUUUACUUUUAAAGGAGUCCCAAUCCUCUUUGCACCUUGUGAUUCGACAAGCAGCUGCAAAUAUUCAAGAAGCAGAUUUCCAAUUAAUUGAGUUUCUUAAUACCUUCCCUGCCCAG